GUAGGUAAGCCGGAUGAAAGUUGCCUGCCCGACGUCGUAGUCCUACAUGUACCGGUCGCUCCCCGGGUAUUUGGCCAUCUCUGCGGCACCGAGUAAGCAACAUGUGCGCGUACGAAGCAUAAGUAAGCAUUCCCGUGUCAAGCGCAAUAUUGGAUGGCCGAUAUCCACGAGCGCAACCCUGCUCUGGUGUGCCAACACCCUGCGCCAUGAUGCUAUGGGGCGUUCGCAGAUGAUUUGGGCGAGGCGCGAGCACUCGAACCUGAGGCAGCACGUCAAGAGUUGGUGUCGGCAGAUGGGCCAAGUACCAGUGUACCUGCCAUUUGGCGGAUCGAGGGAGGCGCUGCAAGAAACAGCCAUGUCCAACGGGCUGAAUCCUGCCAAAACUUUAUUCAUCCACAUAUCUCAAGUAGAACAUGAAGCAAAUCAUUGUGGCGAUGCUACUGCUUUUACGCGGACAACCGACCAAGAGGGGAUACGCCAGGUACCAAAGUCCCAGGCCUCAUCAAGAACCAGACCUGCAGCCUCCAAUUUUGAAUCUCCGCAAUCCUGGACCUGGCAAGCCUCGUACUCAGCCCAGCGCUGGUACAUGUAG